UGUUACUACAAACGUCGCUAGGGGAAUUUACCUGUGGGUUGCACCUGUACAGUGUACUGUGGAAUAUAUACCCGGUGUUGUGGAUUGUCACUCGAUUCGGAAGAUCGAGUAAUGGUGUAUGCAUAAUUAAGAUAACUAUAAUUUUCACGUGAUAUCUAUCCAGAACAUCCUACACACCUGUAAACGAUGGCUGCAGGUGAUGUUGAUUUCCUGACAGAGCAGUUUCCUGACAAUGUAUCAAUCAGUGAGCUGUGUGAUUGCGGAAAACACAAGCGAAGGAAGCAAAAUGUACCGAUUCCCCGUAAGUCCUGUCCUUUCCCGGAGUCGGAUUACGCCCGCACCUUCAAGGCCGUGGAGCACCCUCGGCCCCGGUCAAGUAAGAGGCCCCCUCCCUCCCCCACGGUCAGGGAUCGACACUCGGCCCCGAUGAUGUUUUCCACGAACCAGAGGGAUGACUUCAAGUCACCUGGUGCAGUCUCACGGACCAAGCCAAUCAUCCCGGAAGAAAACUACGAACCCCUCAACGUUCCCAUCGAAAAGAUGACGUCGUACAAUCAGGAGUUCACGGCCAAACAAGCCCAGCCCGAGUUCAGAAGGAUGGAGCCCCGGGGCACGGUCCAGAUCCCGGAUGUUAAAUUUGACGGACACACGACAAACAAGGACCACUUUAAGCAGUGGAUUGCGCAGCCGACGAUGCAUUUCCAAGAGCUUCCUAGCUUUACAGGUUCCAUUUUGUUUCCUGGGAAAAACAAGUUACCUUCAAGUGAAACAAAGCAACAGUUUCGUGGUGAAUUCAUCAGACGUCCCGAAGCUGUGCGGUUAGCAGACGCCAACAUCACGAUGGAAGGUGAUAUGCAGAUGACAACAACCAACAAUGACACAUAUAAGAUGAUCUACGGGGACCACCGGGCGGAACGUAUCGUCAAGAAACCCACACUGGGCACCUCCAAGAAACUGGGCAAAUUCGAGACGGAGACACAGAACAGACGAGAUUUCCCGCAGUAUGCAGGGGCAAGACCCGCCAAACUCGCCGAACCCGCGCCAGAAACCAUCGACCUCAGAUUUGACAACAAGAGAAGCUUUCAAACAGAACAACGUUCUAUCUAUAAGGGACAUGACAUUCGACAGAAUCCGAUGCAAAAACCGAUAAGACACGAUAUAGAGGAAUUUAACCCACCUUCCGUGAAAUUUGAGACAGAAACUUCAAACAAGAGAGACUUCCAGCCUAUCGAUAUCGCUGCCAAUCUAACCUAUAAAGCCCAGGUUCCACAUUCAACAAUCCGGGUACCUGACGUCAAGUUUGACGGAAGAACCAGUUUCGGCGAGUUCUUCAAGAACUAUGGCGCAAUUAAACGAGAAAGAUAUGGCGACUUUCACGAGAACCGACCGUAUAUUCCUCCCCAGUCGAAGUUUGACGGCGUCAGUACCACAAAAACAACCUUCACACCCAAGAAAUGGGAACCGACCAGACCAUUCCUUCCAGAAAACAGACCCAUAGAAAGUGACGGUGCAAUGGAUUUUAGUACUGUCCAUAAUGAAACAUACCAGAAACCAAAGGUCAAACCUUGUAGAGCAGAAAUAUAUCUUAUCCAGAAAGAACUCAGACGACAGAAAGAGCUAGAGGCGGCCAGAAUAGUGGCAGCUAACAAAUUCAUUUGUGAAAACCAGUCCGAUAGCCUAACCUGUUCAAAUAAUGACGUCAUUACAAUUCGGUCCAUAAACUUCGGAAGAACGAGCCCGACUGUUUGCGGCAAUGACCCCAACACAUACUGCUACUCCUCCGGCAAAGUGACUGCAAACAUUGCCAGGAGCUGUAAUAACAAGAACUCUUGUCAGCUGACGGCAUCUUCCACAAGUCUGGGCGAGGACCCUUGCUCCGGGACGUCCAAAUAUCUGGACGUCCAGUACGACUGUAACCCCCCACCCACCACCACAACCACUACCACUACCACCACGACUACUACGCCGCCACCUACCACCCAGUCACAGACCUCGUCCUCUUCUCAGUCAGCUUCAAUUGCUAGUCCUAACGCAGGCGGUCCACAAGUUUGUCACGAAUAUCUGAUAUCGGGAAGCAAUGGAAUACCCGAUAAUAAGCUCACAGCCACAAGCACGUGGUCAAAUUCAUCCAAUCAGGACGGACACCCAUACCGUGCACGGCUCUUUAACUCCGGAUUUAACUUUGGUAACGGAACCUAUUUGGUGGGUGGAUGGGUAGCGGGCGUCAAUGAUAAGCAGCAAUAUAUUCAGGCGGAGUUCAAUGACGUCAGUGUAAUUAGAGGCGUGGUCACACAAGGUCGAAACGUCAACACUCAGGACCGAUGUUGUCACCAAAAGGUCACCAAGUACAAGGUCAUGUACAGUGUAGAUGGGGUCACCUACAACACCGUCAAGGACCACAACGGAAAUGACGUUGUUUAUAUUGGAAAUACCAAAGACGAAGAACUGGAGAUGAUCAAUAUGUUUGGAUGCCCCAUAAUUGCCAAAUACAUUCGUAUACAACCUUUGGAGUGGUCAGCGCAUAUUGCAUUGAGAUUUGACGUCAUAGGAUGUAGAGCUACAACAGAUCCAUAUGGCCAAUGCCCAAAGGGCUGGAAGGAGAGGCCCGGAUCUAAAACGUGUUAUUUGAUAACCACUAAUCAAGCCCUGGGCUGGAGAGAGGCUAGGCAACGCUGCAAGCAACAGCAGGGCGAUCUGGUCAAGAUCGACUCAAUUCAAGAAAGGGAUUGGCUCAUUCAAGAAAUAAAACAACAACAAUUCUCUCAAGUAUGGAUUGGUCUGAAUAACCUUCCAAGACGAGACAGCAAGAAUUAUCACUGGACAGAUGGAUCAUCUCUAAACACAAAUAUUGUACCCUGGAAGAGCGGUAACCCUGACAACUACCAACAAAACGAACACUGUGGGGAGUUCUCCAACGCCGAGCUGAACGACAUAGACUGUACCUCCAAAAUCAACUUCAUCUGCGAGAAGCCAAAGUUUUGGACUAACCCAAACAGCGCCACCACUCAGGCGCCACCAAACAGCCAGACUACCACAGUAAGUGCCAGUACCACCAGUGGUAGCAAUUCAAACUCCGGCUCCACUAGCCCCGUUGUCUCUCCAACCAAACCCACGACACUCAAACCAUCAACAUUAACAAAAGUCAUCCCAACUUUACCAGGAGCACAGGUGGUAAACGGAAUAUUGUUUACGACCGGAUGUGGUAACCAGAAUGACUGUUAUAACCUUGGGAUCGGAGAUCACCAGUACUGCGCUGACUGCCAUAGUUACCUUACCUGCGCCCCAAGUGGCAUUUUCGUCAGACCGUGUCCCGCUAAUUUAGAAUUCGACAACAACCUCCAGGCAUGCGUAGCUAGAUCCUGGACGUGCAAGCGAGUGUCUGGAUAAAUAUUCAACCUAUCCUUAUCUUAUUUAUUAUGAACACUUGACACUUGUUUGAUGCGUGUUAUUGAUUUGCACCUUUAUGUCCAAGAUCACCACAAAAAACCUUAAAUACGUUGAUUUUGUUUUUAAAUCGUUGUUUAUUGUAUUUACAAACGAAUAAAAGAGACCAAUAAUAACUACCAAA